UUCUGUUGAUAGAGCGGAAUCGUCGUCUUUCGUUCGCUUCACAUCGCAACGACCGUCCAUCGAGGAUGAACCGAAACAGUGCGCUACUCGUUUCCCUCUUCUUGUUCGUGGCCUUGUCCAUGGUCUAUGCGGAACUCGUGCCAUGGCGGCAAUGUCCUUAUCCUGAUCCCGAUACUCGGUCGAAUUGCACUAUUCACGAAGUAUACAUAGAUCCUUGUAAAGAAAGUGCAGAAGGAAAACCAUGUAAAUUAAAAAGAGGAGUUGUUGGGAAUAUGACAUUCCACUAUACACCUUCUUUCUCGUCGGAAAAAAUACAAGGUCGAAUCUUUUGGGCAAGCCAGGUAAUGGAUAUUCCAUUUUUGGGAAUGAGUCCCGAUGCCUGUUUAUCGACUUCUUGUCCAAUCGAAGCGGGAGAAAAGAACACGUACCACGUGGAAGUACCAAUUUUAAAGAAAUAUCCUGUCCGAACGUACGAUCUUAAAUGGAAAAUCUGGAACGAAGAAGAGCAAGAAUGUUGUUUUAUGUUUCAAAUUAAGAUAACAAAAUGACAUUAAUUACGUGUGCUUCGCCGUCUUAUUGCGUUUAAUCUCGAUUAAAAUUUACCGUUCGCUAACUUAAUAAAAUAAACGAACAAGUAUUAAUAA